AGAGGGGAUGGCUCUCUAGGGUUCGCCUACCGCCACCGUCGCCGCCAAGGUGUGUGGAUCCGGUCUCCGCCGCCCCCGGCCAUACACCGGCCGCAUCAGAUCCGUUGCUCCGCCGCCCCUUACCACCUGCUGCCCCCGCUCUCAGUCCGCCCCUGUGCACCACCUGCGCCGGCGCCGGAGCUUCAGCUGCACCACGCCGGAGGCCCCCUUGCCCCCCGACUCCACCUCCUCCCGCCCGACUACACCAGCCCUGCCCUAUCUCCUACCUGUGAGAAGAUAACUUGUGCUUUAAUCUGCAUAUAAACAUCAUAGUCAGUAGUCGAGGGCGUUACUGAUAUUUCACAACACCCACAACUCUUAAAGCUGACAAACAGCAGGUCAGAUUCUGAUUCUCACGAAUCCAGAGCCACAUCUAAUUCUCAAGAAUCCAUAGCAAAGUGAUUUUCAGGAAUCUGUAGCCCAAACAGGAGGCCUCAGCCGCAGUUCAAACGAUAGAAAAGGACUCGGCUGAAUGUUCAUAAAUAAAAAAAGGACUCGGCUGAGUCCAUUUCCUCCCUCUCCAGGCAAAAUUCCCCACCCCUCUCCCUCACUACUCUCGCCUGAAUCGAGCUCGCGGCCGUCGUGCGCCGUGGAUUCCAGAUCGAGGUCGCUCCUCCGCUGUCCACACCUCGCGCAAUGGUCUCCUGAUCGAGCUCCCUUCCCUGACUGGGUGCGGGGGAGCACGGGCCCUCUAGGGUUUGACCCGCCGCCCUCGGUCACAUCCCGCCUCCGUCGACCGAGCUGCUGUUCUGCCUCACGCCGGGACCUUCUCCGCCGCCUUCCUCCACGACGAAGGCGACGGAACGCACCGACGCUGCUGAUAUUGCUCGUCGCCGCCGCCGCCGCCGCACCCUCCUGCUCGUGUAUUUUAGGUUGACCGGACUCGACGCAGCACGAUGCCUGACAGGACCGGCGCAACCAUGCUCGAGGAUCUGCCCGAGGAGAUGAUGCACAAAAUACUCAUCCGGUUGCCAUCCAAGGCCGUCGGCCGCUGCCGUGCUGUCAGCACGUCUUGGCACAGUGCCACAUCCACACCUGAAUUCAUGCUCGAGCACCGCCGCCGCCAGCCAUCGCUCCCUAUUGUCGAUGGGCAGGGGCGGCCCGCCAGUUAUGUCGUCUUAGGUGACGCUGGUGCUGGCACCUCAAAUCAAGAGCUCUGGCCCUUUCUCCAGGACUGCAAACACCGUUUUAAGAAUAGCCUCAAAGGCUCCUGUGAUGGCUUCUUCAUUAUGUACCUCUGGACGCGGUCCCAUUUCUUCAUCUGCAACCCGGUCACCCGCAAGUCUGUUGUCCUAAUGCAGCCUCAAGGGCUCAACUUCGUAGUUGGUUUCUACUGCCACCAUCCAACUGGAGAAUAUAGGGUGCUCUGGGUCUCGCAGUCAUAUGACUUGUCUACAUCUAGAUUAUACAUCGUCACAGUGGGAUCGGACAAGCCGAGGCAUGCAAUAGUCAGAAUGCAGACGGCCUCAUCGCCUUCCAUGGAACAGAAGUUACUGAAUGAGCUGCGAUUGUCAUCCGACCACUCACCAGCAGUCCACCACCAUGGAAGCCUCCACUGGUGUCUUUAUGAUGCUAGUGACAUCAUGGGAGGUGGUGGAGACAUUAUUGUGUUUGACACAGAAGCCGAGUCAUUCCGUUGGAUGCGUAGUCCUGCUCAGCCAUGCCCUAAUAGGAAAUUGUUCGACAUGAAAGGGACACUUGCUUGCUGGGCCGGCUUGACUCCUAGUUUCACUGCUAUUGAUGUCUGGGUGAUGCAAGAUUAUGAGGCGGAAAUCUGGACUUUCAAGUACUGGAUUGAACUUUCAACGGUGGAGGCAUCACGGCAACUUUAUUUAAGUUCAGUCAAAAAGAAAAAGAAAAAGAAAACACCACUUGAUUCAGCGGUGCAAUCAUUCAGUGAUAUGGCUGUGAUAAACGAGUGUGAGUUGCUGAUCAUGUUUAAUAACAAGCAUGUGUUGCGUUGCGACAUUGAUGGCAAGUUCUUAGGUUUGGUUAAUAUUGGAAAAAGUCAAUAUUGUAUGGGGCUUAGUCAGCACCGCCUUCAGGAGAGCAUUAUUGCAAUUCCAUCAUGAGAUGCAAAAAUAAGAUGAGGAACCUCCGUUCUCCACAGGGCAUGUAUGAAUGUUCAAGACUCCUGGUUUGCUUUGUCCUUGGAUUCAGAGCAUGUCUUUUGUUCUUAGCUCUUCUUACUUGUCGGUACUACUAGUGGCACGUGUCAUUUUGGAUGGUUGCAGUAGCACCUGCGAUCUCAUCAUUUGAUGCUGGUUAUGAUGUCUUGGUAAUGUUCUGAUCUGAUAUAUGGAUCUUUGGCUAUUAGUUUGAUCUCUGUUAAUGUCUGACCUGGUGUAUCAAUCUAUGGUAUCAAAACUUAUUAUUACUAUAUACAGCUAUGUGUUUGUUGGCUGUUAGUUU